GCACAACUCUCACUGCGCGCGCCGCGUGUGGUUGUGGACACUCGCCCACUCCUCAGUUCGUUCGCUCGCCUGCGAACACACACCUCAGUGUUCCGACACGAAGCGAUCCGUAUGCGCGCUACGGCUCAAACCGCGUAGUUUCUCUCGAAAAUAAUUAGUAUGUGAAUGCGGCGUUUUUAUUUGUUCAACACGAAAACAAGUGAAAUGUUAUUGUUCGCAAACUGAUCAGCACGCGUCCGCUUCAGCUUGCACUCGGGCAGACUUCAUGAGGAACAGUUUACUUUUACACUGUUGAGGGUGCUUCCUUCUUCUUCACUUCACAGUUAUGAUUAUCAGAUCAUCAUGGCUGCUUCAGCUACUGUUUACUAUUACUGCAGUUACUUUGACAUCAGGUAGUCCUCUAUUCUUGGACACUGGGAGGUCAAACAAGCCAAUGAUACGAUGGAGCCCCCCGGCGGACGACUGGAACGUGACGACGGCGCCGCGGAACGAGGAGCCCCUCUUCCUGCCCUCCAACUUCACCCACAAGCUACCCCCCACGGCCAACGAGACCGAGCUCAUAGCGCAUAUGGCCGCUCUCAAGAGAAACUACUCGCGCCUCCUCUGGGACAGCGACAAGAGCACUAACCUGCCCCUCUUUGUUGAAAAGGCUCUCAAGCUGCUGAACCUCAAACAAGUCUACUACGAAGUGGAACACUCAGUCAUGUCUAAAGUAUCGUGCACGGCUUGCAAGGCCGGCGCGGGCCUCCUACAACACUAUAUCAAACUCGGCAAAAGUAAAGAGGAAAUUAACAAAAUGAUCUAUCAGUUCUGCGUGUCUCUGAAGAUUCAGUCGGCUAGAGUUUGCGAAGGGAUUACAAGACUGUUUGGGACCGAAGUGAUAUACGUACUGAAACGAGUCACCAUCGGACCGGACGAGAUCUGCAGCUUCGUAAUCGGCGACGCUUGUGGCGACGUGUACAAUCCCUACCACGAGUGGGAGGUCGCUUUCCCUCCGGUGCCAAAGCCCACCAUAGAACCACUCCAAGCACCAAUGGAUAAAGCACCCACCUUCAAAGUUCUACAGAUAUCCGACACGCAUUUCGAUCCUUAUUAUGCGGAAGGUGCGAACGCGGAGUGCAACGAGCCUCUGUGCUGCCGCGCGUCGAGCGGGCCCGCGCUCACGCCGGGCGGAGGCGCCGGCCGCUGGGGAGACUACCGCAAGUGCGACACGCCCAAACGGACCAUCGACCACAUGUUGAAACACAUCGCAGAUACACACACCGACAUAGAUUACAUUUUAUGGACGGGUGAUCUGCCACCGCACGAUGUGUGGAACCAGACUAAGGAGGAGAACCUGAAGGUCCUGCAGGAAACAGUCGCUCAGAUGUCGGACAUGUUCCCCGGCGUGCCGAUCUUCCCCGCUCUUGGAAACCACGAGUCUUCUCCGGUCAACAGCUUCCCGCCGCCGUACAUUUCGUCUCCGGAGUCGAACAUCGCGUGGCUAUACAACGAGCUGGACGCACAAUGGCGUCGCUGGCUGCCCGCCGGUGUCUCCCACACGGUGCGUCGUGGCGCCUUCUACUCUGUGCUCGUGCGCCCCGGCUUCCGCAUCAUAUCUCUCAACAUGAACUACUGCAAUAACAAGAACUGGUGGUUGCUACUGAACAGCACUGACCCGGCUACGGAGCUCCAAUGGCUUAUUUACGAGCUUCAAUCAGCAGAGUUUAGUGGAGAAAAAGUACAUAUAAUAGGUCAUAUACCCCCGGGCCACUCUGAUUGCCUGAAGGUGUGGAGUCGCAACUACUACGCUAUCAUCAACAGAUACGAAUCCACUAUAACAGCACAGUUCUUCGGGCACACACAUUUCGACGAAUUCGAGGUCUUUUACGAUCCCAACGAUCUAGGACGAGCAACGAGUAUCGCAUACGUGGGGCCGUCAGUAUCACCGUACUACGACUUGAAUCUGGGAUAUCGAAUAUAUUAUGUAGAUGGCGACCAUGAGGCGUCGACACGUUUGGUUGUGGAUCACGAGACUUGGAUAAUGAAUCUGAAGGAGGCGAACCUGUUUGGUUACCCGAUUUGGUACAAGUUAUAUUCGGCGCGCUCUGCAUACCUGAUGUCGGCCCUGCGGCCGCAAGACUGGGACAAGUUUAUUGACGACAUGACUGCUAAGGAGGAUGUCUUCAAUUUGUACUACAAGCAUUACUGGAAGAACAGUCCGCGUCGAGGCACAUGCGACGGGGAAUGUCGAAAGAGGCUCGUAUGCGACGCACGGUCCGGGCGCUCUCACGACCGCCGCGCCCUCUGCGGCCACAUCGAGGCCCGCAUCGACGGCGCCCAGCCCGCCCCACAGACGUGGCGAGCAUGGCUCUACAAUGGCCUGUCUGUCUCAAAUAAUUCUACUCCUACUGUUGUACAAGUCUAACGGUGGUGGAUUUAACUUUUAGCUUACAACCUGCACAGUGGUUUAAGGAUGUCAAUGAUAAUGCAGAUACCUCAAGUGGCUUAUCAAAUACCAAAGUUCGUGAUGGGUCUGGGCUGAAAAACGAACCAACUUGAAAUAACGGGAAAGUUACAUAGUACCACCGGGCUUCAGUCACGACAAGAACAAACGUCCUUCGACUAAUUUAUUAAUAAUCUAUAGACAGUACACAUAAUAGUGCCUAAAUAUUUGAAAACGAUAAUACAUAUUUUGUGAUUUAUUUUGAAUAUUCGAAUUUGAACUCUUAGUCAUUUGUAUAAAAAUCGGAAUGUUAUUUAAAAAUGCGUCUUGAACUGCACCGGUGGUCAACACUAGCUAUAAGUUAAGUUAAUUUAUCAGAUAUUUUAUAAGUUUAAUACUUUCUGUUGUAAAUAUAAAUUGUAAAUGUAUAAUAUUUUUUAUACCAUCAGUGAUCUAUUUUUCGAAUAAAAGUAAUAUAAUCGAGAAGAA